UUAAUUUUCUGCCAAAGCACUCUAACCGCAACUAUCAAAAAAAAAGCACCUGUUUUUUUGUUUCUCCCAACAUAAAUAUGCAUCUUCCUCUUUAUAACCCUUUUUCCCUUAUGUACUUUCAUUGGCACAUUCCGCACCCUUCUCCGAUCAAGGCCAAGAAAUUUCCCUUCUAUCCUUUUUUUUUACCCUUCUUUUUGAUUCUCACUAUUUAUAUGUAGCCAUUUUUCCUGUUGUUAUUUCAUUCCCCAACCAUCAAAUCAUCUAAAUUUUUCUUUGGGUUGAGUUAGGACUUUUGUUUAGCGAAUUUCGCGAUUGCGAGUGAUACAGUCUAGUGAUAAUUUUUAUUUUUUUUAUAGUUUGCUUGAGAUAUUUUUAUAGGUGAUGGCGUACAAAAGUGAUCAGAUCGUGUUUGAAGAUUUUUUCCCAACAAUGGUGGAGAAAUUAGGGGCGGAAGGGUUCUUGACGGAGCUGUGCAACGGGUUUCGGUUGUUGAUGGAUCCGGAAAAGGAAUUGAUCACAUUGGAGAGCUUGAGGCUGAAUUCGGCUUCGUUAGGGUUGCAUGACAUGAAGGAUGAGGAUUUGGUGUCAAUGUUAGAAGAAGGUGAUUUGGAUGGUGAUGGGAAUUUGAAUGAGAUGGAAUUCUGUGUCCUAAUGUUUAGGUUGAGCCCUGAUCUAAUGAAGAGUGCGAAAUUGCUGGUGGAGGAAGUUCUAAAACAAUGUUCAUGAUUAUUAUUAAUUAUAUGAUGAUUCAUCAUUGAUUAAUUCGGAGCUAACUAGGAUCAAAUUAUUUGUAUCAACUCUAAUUUGAUCAUAUUGAUCGGCUUAUAUCUUUGUUCCUAUGAACCUUCCAUUCGUUCAUUCAUUUUAUCACAUAUAGGUAAUUGAAUUGUAUCACCGUCUUUUUUCUUUUUUUUUUUUUGCACUUGAAACCAAUGAAUAAUUUCGAACAUUAGGACAUUACCGUGAACUUAGAUCAUGGUUUCAUGCGACCAAAUCAUAUAUAUCAUGUCCAAAGAUUGACAUGAGUGAGUGAUCAUUGGUGUAACUAUAUUAGUAUUAAUUUGGACAUUGUAAUUUAUGAUUGGUCUUUUUUAAGUGUUUUACUACAAGUGUGCACAAAGAACUUGGUACUAGAUCCAAAUUGCCGGAUUGGGCCAUUAAUGC